AAAAUCCACAUUUUCCCUUUAAAACAGUACCCUCUCUUGCAUAACGCAAUAUUCACAUACAAAUUUCUUUUAUAAUUUUAUCGUUUCCCUCUUUUGUUUUGACGAUCAUGUUGCCGCCAGCUCACUCCGCCCUAAUUUCCGAUGUUCAGCUGUCUUCGGUGGUGCCCGGAGAAGUUACCGGCGACAGCAAGAAAGAUCAUAAGCUAACAAACAUGGAUUUGGCGCUAAAGCUUCAUUACGUAAAAGGUGUGUAUUUCUUCACAGCUGAAGCAGUAGAAGAUUUGACGAUUUAUGAGCUGAAGAAGCCAAUGUUUCCAUGGCUAGUUCGUUAUUACGCUGCUUCAGGAAGAAUUAGGAGAUCUGAUCAAUCAGGUCGACCUUUUAUUAAGUGUAACGAUGGCGGUAUACGAAUUGUGGAAGCGUGCUGUGAUAUAACUUUAGAGGAAUGGAAACUGGCGAAGAAUUACGAUGACGAUGACGAUGAUUUUGGUUUUGCGUACGAUCAAGUUCUUGGUCCUGAUUUAGGAUUUUCUCCUCUUGUUUAUAUCCAGUUCACUUGGUUCAAAUGUGGAGGGAUGUGUCUGGGGCUCAGUUGGGCCCAUAUUCUUGGAGAUCCAUUCUCAGCAUCAUCUUUCCUUAAUAGAUGGGCCCAGUUUCUCAAACAUUCAUUGCCAUCUAAAUCUCUCCACGUGUCAAAUUUCACAAAAUCCGAAUGCCCACUACCAAUGCGCUGGAAACCAUUUUGCCUAAACCGAGUUGACCCGGUAGGAAACCACUGGGUAACUACAAAUAACUGUAAAAUGGUAACUCAUUCUUUCCAUUUCCCAGCAAAACUACUAGAUAAUUUAGUAUCAGAAUCAGACUCGCCUGCUUUGAUCCAUCCGGUCAAGAGUUUGCAUUUUGAAUUCAUUUCUGCAAUUUUCUGGAAAUCUUUAUCAAAGAUUAGGGGAGAUUCAGGGCCGAGAAUUGUGACAGUUUGCACAAGAAUUGGUCCGAAAAGUGAAAAUGAAGCUCCAAGUAAUACGAUGACGUUUAGCAUAGUCAGAGCAGAUUUCUCCGCCGCGAAAGGCGGAAUAGAGGAAUUAGCGAUGUUGAUUGCAGAGAAACAAGAAGGCGAAAACAAAUUGAUUGAAGAAUCGAUUGAUGAGGAAUCGGACUAUAUAGCAUAUGGAGCGAAUCUGACAUUUAUAAAUAUGGAAGAGGCCAAUAUUUAUGGGGUGGAAUUGAAUGGACAUAAGCCUAUUUUCGCAAAUUAUACAAUCAAAGGUGUCGGUGAUGAAGGAGCUGUUUUAGUUUUGCCGGCCGGACCGGAUAAUGGGGGUGAUACUGAUAAGAGAAGCGGUGGGAGGAGAGUGACUGUGAUUUUGCCGGAAAAACAACUGCAAGAGCUAAAGAAUGAGCUCAAGAAAGAGUGGGGCAUUGCUUCAGGUAAAUUACUCACUGCGUAAAUCAUAUGGUUUGUAUGGUUUGGUUUUGGAAAAUGUCAAACUAAUUUAGUAGUGAGAAGCAGGUAAUUUCAUUGUAUGUUUGGAUGUUAAAAUUUUAAGCAAAGCUUUACAUUUUUAUAAUGCA